AUGCCGACCAAGACUUUAAAGGAGCAUGAGACUACGUCAGAGGAUGAGAAGCCUGGUGGUGGCUCUGGAGAUGAUGACAUUUCCGUAGACCAUUCUAGUCAGUCUUCGGGCUCCAGCAGUGAUAGCAGUAGUUCUGGACCACAUGUGGCUGGACGGGUACGUUCUCAAUCUGGGCAGGAGUGUGUAGUGGAGAAGAGCCCUAAGGGGCGGUUCCAUCGGUUUAAUCGGAAAUUGGGAUCGGGAAGUUAUAAGACGGUUUAUUUGGCGUUCGACAACGACACUGGUCGAGAGGUCGCCUGGAACGUCAUUUCCUUUGCGCAUUUAUCGAGGCACGAGCGAAAACGGAUUGAUGAUGAGAUUAAGAUUGCCAAGUCACUUGACCACGAUCGGAUUAUAUCCUUUAUCAAUGCAUGGAUCAACAAGAAGAAAGAGGAGGUCGUAUUUAUCACAGAGCGCGUUAACGGCGGCUCUCUACGACAGUACAUCAAUCGUUUGGAUGGACCCUUGAAGGUUAAGGUCAUACGGAUGUGGUGUAAGCAGAUCCUAGAGGGUAUCAACUACUUGCACAAUCAGCUCAAGGUGCCUGUAAUACAUCGGGAUUUGAAGUGUGAUAAUAUCUUUAUCAAUGGUAGCGACGGGAAGGUUCUUAUUGGCGACCUCGGCCUUUCCACUGCACUGCAGCAUGCCUCUGUUGCUACCUCUAUUGUUGGUACUCCUGAAUUCAUGGCACCGGAGUUGUAUGAGGAGAAGUACGGUCCACCAGUUGACAUAUAUGCAUUUGGUAUGUGUCUAUUGGAAAUGGUCACGAGGAGGUUCCCCUACGCUGAGUGUGCUACUCCGGGUCAAAUCUACAAGAAGGUUAUCAAUGGUGAGAUGCCUGACAGUUUGGAGCGAAUACAGAACAAGGAGUUGAAGCGCAUCAUCGAGCAGUGCAUUCAGAAGGAACCGGCGAUGAGGCCCACAGCAGCUGAGCUGCUAGCGAUGCCUUAUUGGGACCAGAAGGAUGAUGGUGACGAGUUGGCCACUUUAGAGCCUCUAUCGACCACUAAGGAUGACGGUGAUGAGGGGGUUAAUGAUGAGAGCCCUUCUAAGGAGAAAGGGCAUCGACAGCGGAAAGCUCGUGGUCUCUCUAACCGUGGUGAUGAUGCUCCAGCUGUUGUCGCCCAGCCAGCUGUGGUGGUGGUCACGGCGGCUCCUGAGGACCGUUCGGCAUCAACCACUCCUCGAGGUAGUGGUGAGGGUAUUGGACGUAGUGACGUGUCUACUGUAAUUCACAAGUCUGAGACUAGAAGUGAGGAGGAGAGGGAGGAUUCUCAACAACAACAAGAACAGCAGCAGCAGCGGCAAGGAGUGGGCUCCACGGAGCAGCCGUCGCCGUCAAUAGCAGCAUCAGAAGUGGAGGCCGACACUGAGAGUGUUAAGAACACCCCAUCUGGUGUGGACCGACAGAAGCCCGGAACGCCCAAUGAGGGGCUGCUGGGUCCCAAUGAUCGGACUGUGUCGGCGGCAGUGGUCACGGAGCCGUUGUUGGUCCCUCCAGCAGCUGGUAUGGAGGACAUUGCUAGCGACUCGAGCGAGGCGCCUCAGCUUAUAUCGGCUACUACUCAUAUUGAGGCGGCCACUUCCCCCAAUCUAACGGGUGGGGAAGCUGUGAUACGUCGGGACGUGGCGAGGAGGCCGCCUAAUGAGAAGGUGAUGGCAGCGGUGGCGGCACAUGAUGGCACGGUGCACCUCCCUCCCGAGAUUGAACAAUUUUGCCGUCACCAGUUGGGCUCGGACCGGGUCACUAAAGUGGUGCUGCUUAUCGAAACAGAGACGGACAAGUUUCAGCGCAUUAACUUCGAGUAUAGUCUGGAUGAGGACACUUGUGACUCGAUCGCUGAGGAGUUGCUCGAGAACAACCUCGUGUGGCGCGAGGUCAAUCGAGACCGACUUGUGCAGAAGAUUCGACAAGCUGUUUUUAUGAGGGUCAAGCAGAUAGCAUUGGAAGAGGGAAUUCCUUUGCCCGCACCAGUAGCUGCUGCGAUCGCUAGUAGCAUCACCUCUACUACUACUGCUGCCAAGCAGUCUGGUGGUGAAUCGAUGGCAUCGCCGAUUACAAGGAUGAGGGAGAGCCAGGUCUCGAGGGUACCGGACUCGCCCUUAUCACGCCCAAGGACCCCCCAUGGCUCGACGGUCACAGUGUCGGAGUUCGCUCCUACGGCAGAGGCGACUUCAGUGAGUAAUGAUGGUGAUGUGGCUGUAGAGGGAGUAGCGGCAGUGAAGGCAGCCGAGGGGGCGACUAGGGACAAUGGUCCGCUCGCUCAACCGCAAGCGGCCAUCAAUCCGCAGACUUACGCGGCAGCUGCCGCGACUGUGCCCACGCGUACCCCUACGACCACGGCUCCGGCCCCUCUGGAGAGUAACCUUCCCACGGCCGUGAAUGUUCCUUCUCGACCAGCUCCUGCUACAGUUGAGCCUGUCGAGGUUGAAGCAGCUGAGAGACCACCAGCCCAAGGGCCUGCAGCGUCACCCACUACGCCUGCCAACGUUGUGUCCCCGAGCAAUCAUGUGGCGAUAGGGUCUGGCAAACCGCCACCAGCGCCUCGGCCCGCCUCUCAUGCAGGGAUGGGCGUCAGUGGACGGCAUUCACACGCUGAGGUUCCGUCUAUGAGUGGAGUUAGUGGGUCGGUGAAGAUUAAUAAGAAAGCUAGUUUAUCGAAGUAUGUGCCUCUGACGCUGGAGACGACGGCUCAUCUUACAAACGAGUCCGUCUCGGGGGCGGGGUUAGAGCAGGUGGUGCCGCAUUUGUACAAGGAGGUUCUUAAUGCGGAGUUGGCGGACUCGGGCCAAUCUGGUGCUGAUUCGACGGCGAGCGGUAGGCCUACUUCUACGACGAUGUUGUCAGAGGUGCCAAUUUUCCCGGAGAUCCCUCCGCCGCUGAACGAUGGUCAUGCUCCUACUGAGGAAGACGUGGCGUGGGUACAGAUAGCACUGGCGGCGGUAGUUCCCAGUGUGAAGCUGAAUGCUUUCCCGAAGCUGGGCGUUAUGUGUCCGGGCACAGUGGAUGCAAUUAAGGGUUUUCAGGAGUACCACAGUCUCCCUGUAGAUGGUAAUAUGGAUGAUCGGACGUGGCAGCUGUUGGUGGAUUCAUUGGAGACGAGGAGACAGAAGAUUGAGGAGAGGGAGGCGAAGAGAGCAGAAGCGAAAUUAAAGGCUAAACUGGAAGCGGAGCGAAAGCGUCAAGCUCGACAAGCAGAAUCGGCUAAAGCGAUGGAUAUGAUGGAGAAGACUCUGUACGGUUUGUCGGCUCCGGCGACGGCUGGGCCGCCAUCGGCAGCUAGCAGUGUGGCGGGUGGUGCUCUUACUACUACCAUUCCUCCGUUACAUCAUCCAACUAGGGACACCUUGGCACUUGUCACACCCGGUACACCGCCUCGUCAGAGUGCGGCUGCAGUGGGUGCUAGCAGCAGUGGUGGUGGUGUUGGUUCGCAAAUACCGAGGUCGGGCAGUGUCCCUCCAACAGUGUCCCCUUGGGUGGCGCAGGGUGCUAAGUUGCCGCGCACGGGAAGAGCGCCAAGUGCAAGUCAUUCACCCCCUGCUGAGAGGAGGAGUCUGUAUUCGGCUCCGGAUUCCUAUAGCACUACUAGCACUAGCAAACCACCCUCUACUGACGCUGCUCUUUGCGCGGCGUUGGAUGCUGGGGGCUCGGCAAUCUGUCCUAGGGCUCCGAUUGCCGUCGAAAACGAUGAGUACAUUAUUAGAGUGUCCAGUAAGGCAUGUGCAGGUCUACCGAGUGUAUUGGGAAUUGUGUGUAAGGAGGUCAUAAAUGCUAUCCAGGCUGAUAAGGCAGGUAUGAUGAAGAUAAUGGAAAUAGAGUAUUCAUCGCCACGGAUAGCGCAGUCCCCGUAUGCGCCUACAGCCGUGGUGCCCUCUGCUCACUGUGAGCAGCUACCUUCUAUUGAAGUCUCCAAAAUCUCGAUUUCCUUUCCUCUCAAAGAGGCUGAAGCCAAUGAGAUCAUCUUGGCUGAGGUCGCUAUGAGAAGGAUCUCGCACGAGACUGAAACCUUCAUUCAGCUGAAGCGCCCCCACCACAAUGAUAUGGACAAGGCCGAGAUGGAUGUUGGUGGAUAUGUUAUGACUAUCACUGGUACGUUAAAUGGGCUCCACUCGGCUCAUCGGAAGAUAGUCGCUAUUCUCGUGCGAGCAUUGCUCAAAGAGGAGGCGGAGACAACGAUAAGGUCCGCGACAAGCACAGACUUCUUGGCCAAAGAACAAGAGCCUACUGUCGUUGUCGGGGACAAGUCUUAUUCCUCUACUAAUAGGGGUGUCCGUCGUCUCAUUUUUGCUACGGAGUGA